AUAACAACAGCUUAGAAACAUAAUCUACUGCUAUAUAUACUGAUUUGAUAACUUGAGGACGCACUUUGUCUUUCUAAUUUUAUUGUCUAAAUGGAGAUUUUUUUUUUUGUCCUUCACAGAAAGUCCAGAAAGAGUGCUCCCACAAUCCUCCUGGUCAGCAUCUGUGUGUGUAUGACCAUCUAUUACUUCCUCUUCCUGUUUGGAAUCAAAAACCCCAAUGCCAGUUUAGACCGGGACAUCAGAGCGUCAGAGGAAAACACCAUCCCGUCCUCUGACCUCCACCAGGAGCCUGACAAAGGGCCCUGCACUGCGUUCACUGCCCUGAUGCAGUACUUCCUGUUAGCCACCUUCACCUGGAACACACUCUACGCUGGGCACAUAUUCGUACUCAUCAGAAAAACCCUCUCAGGUCCACCGAGAGGAUCCCUGGCGGUGUCCAUAGCUAUAGGCUGGGGAUUCCCUGCUGUUGUGGUUGCAAUCACACUGGGAGUGACUUACAGAGUGGAUGAUCCUUUGGGCUAUCGACGAGAAGAGUUGUGAGUAGUAACAGCCAAUGCAGUCAUAAAUGAAGACGUUAAAAGAAAUAAUCAAAACUGAUUGAAGUUAUGAUGUAAUUAUGGUGAACUGACCUUGUCAGCCAUAAUGUACAGAUGUUACUAAUGUUUCAGCUGUUGGCUUGCGGCUCUGAACCAAGAUGAGGAGUUUGACUUCGGAAAGCCACUUUUUUGGGGCUUUUUGCUUCCAGUAGCUAUUAUGCUGCUUUUGAAUACUACAGUGUUAAUAUACUUUGGAAUUUCUACAUGCAAGAAGGAUCCCCUGUUAAGCAGGUAACUUGUUCACAUUUCGUACAAAUUGUCAGGUGUGUUCAUGGAAUAAUAACUACAUUCUUCCAAGUUCUCACUCGUCAGUUUUUAUGAUGUGUCUAUAAUAAACUAAUUUACAAACCAGGUUAACUGUUCAUGGGAUAGACAAAAAACUUUGUACAGAUGUACCACAAAAUUAAUUAAUUUACCAAGACUAAUGAUUUCCAGCCCUCAUGCAUACUCCCAUCACAACCACAGUGUUUUCACAACACAUAUACAUUGAAAGAGAGUUUAUAGAAGUACAAACGAUUGCAUGUUUGGCUGACACUUAAAUGCACAUGCAAAC